CUUCGCGUUCCAGUGCAGUAGGCUACGUAUGGCGCAGCGUGGAUGACCAUACCCCUGAAAUAUCCUCCGCAUUUAACGUUUUCUUUUCUGUAGAAAACACGAACAUGGGAUUCUGAUGCCACAAUUGCAGUAUUUUGUUCCGAUUGCGCUAUUUUCCGCCGAGAGACGGCCAGCAUCCAUGUAACAAGCCUCGCGCAUAUAGCCUACCGGGCGAAUUGGAGGACCAGUACCCUCUCCUGAGAUGAGUUCACGGUCCACGGUCUCUGGAUCCAGCAUCUGAACGCCAAACAUCAUUUCAUCACCGCAGCAAUCACAGCUAAACCGUUUAGCGUUUUCAUUCAUGGAUUCUGGCGGAGUCACGGGGUAAAAGACGAGACGUCCUUCUUUACCGUUGGUGGUUUCAUCCAGCUAUGGGAGCUGUAGAAUAUCUGGAAGAUACGCCGGAUGUGACUGGAUAUCACACCGAUCAAGAAGGCUCUCGUGUCAAUUAUCUAGCCUAUAGUUCUCUCUAAUACUUUUAUUAUGUCGAAGGGGCCCUCCUUCAGGUUUUGAUGUGAAAUGUGCAUGCACUACGGCGCUACCAACUGACUUGUCAAUCGGAACGUUGCUCUCGCGUUUUUCCCCAUCACUGUGAUUUUUGCUUAUGUUCACGCCUGCGGUUCUGAUUCUUGUAACAUCACAGUGUAACUCAAGCAUAAACCUUGGCAACCAGAUGAGGAGCAGCGGAUUACCAGCGGUAUUUUCUAUUUUGACCAGAUAGUUUCCGUUACCUCCCUACCCACACCGAAAAUCCCGGUUUCCAGCGGAAUCAAGGAAAACUGCCAUUAGUUUUGAAAGUGGUGCUGCCUGGGAAAGAACCUGACGUUACCGGGCUGGAUAUGUUGACAUUAACGUGAAGAUGGGGUUAGGUUUUGCGCUCUUGUGGCUUCUCAACGUCUACCUGGAGGGCAUCCAUUGCCAAGGAGUCUAUGCUCCCCCGUCAGUGCGCAUCAUCCACUCGGGCCACGCAUGCAACAUUGAGGAGGAGCGCUACACGGAGAGGGUGUACACCAUCCGCGAGGGCGAGACGCUGGAGCUCACCUGCCUGGUCAACGGACACCCCAGGCCACAGAUCCGAUGGACUAAGACGGCGGGCAGUGCCUCAGACCGCUUCCAGGACUCCAGCGUGUUCAACGAGACGCUGCGCAUCAGCCAGAUCCAGCGCCACCAGGGCGGCCGCUACUACUGCAAGGCCGAGAAUGGCCUGGGCUCCCCGGCCAUCAAGUCCAUCAGGGUGGACGUCUACUAUCUGGAGGAUCCCAUAGUGACGGUGCACCAGAGUGUUGGGGAGGCGCGUGAGCAGUUCUACUACGAGCGCACGGUGUUCCUGCGCUGCACGGCCAACUCCAACCCGCCCGUGCGCUACAGCUGGAGGAGGGGCCGGGAGUACCUGUCGCAGGGCUCCGACAAGGGGGUGGAGAUCUACGAACCCUUCUUCACCCAGGGGGAGACGAAGAUCCUGAAGCUGAAGAACCUGCGACCGCAGGACUACGCCAACUACACCUGCAUCGCCUCCGUGCGCAACGUCUGCGGCAUCCCCGACAAGAACAUCGUCUUCCGCCUGAGCAACAAGACAGCGUCCCCCAACAUCAAGCUGCUGGUGGACGACCCCAUCAUCGCCAACCCGGGGGACACGGUGUCGCUGGUGUGCAUCACGUCGGGCGGGGAGCCCGCGCCCACCCUCACCUGGGUGCGCAACGCCGAGGGCCUGCCCAAGAACAGCCGAGUGAGCGAUGGCACGCUCACGCUUCCUGCCGUCACCACCGACGACGCCGGCGUCUACAGCUGCGUGGCCAGCAACAACGUGGGCAACCCGGCCAAGAAGUCCACCAACAUCAUCGUACGAGCGUUGAAGAAAGGUCGCUUCUGGAUCACGCCCGACCCCUACCACAACGACGACAACAUCCAGAUCGGCCGCGAGGUGAAGAUCUCCUGCCAGGUGGAGGCCACGCCGCCGGACGAGCUGCAGUUCAGCUGGCUGAAGAACGGCCGGCCGCUGCGCAGCUCCGAGCGCAUGGUCAUCACGCAGACGGACCCCGACGUGGCGCCGGGCACCACCAACCUGGACAUCAUCGACCUCAAGUUCACCGACUUCGGGACCUACACCUGCAUGGCCUCGCUCAAGAACGGCCGGAUACCUGAGAUCAGCAUCGACGUCAACAUCUCGUCCACCACAGUACCUCCAAACCUGACGGUGCCGCGGGGCAAGUCUCCGCUGGUGACGCAGGAGGGGGACACGGUGGAGCUGCAGUGCCUGGUGUCGGGCAAGCCCAAGCCCAUCAUCCUGUGGUCGCGCGCCGACAAGGAGGCGCCCAUGCCGGACGGCGGCCUGCAGACGGAGAGCUACGACGGCGUGCUGCGCCUGGUCAACGUCUCCCGGGAGAUGAGUGGCCAGUACCGCUGCCAGACCAGCCAGUACAACGGCUUCAACGUCAAGCCCAGGGAGGCCAUCGUGGAGCUCAUCGUGCAAUAUCCUCCAGCCGUAGAGCCCAUCUACACCGAGGUCCGCCAGGGCCUGGGCCGCGCCUUCACCCUGACCUGCCGCGUGCUGCGGGCCCACCCGUCCCGCGUGCUCAAGUACGAGUGGAAGCUGGGAACGCGCCUGCUCACCGUGGGCGACUUCAACCAGCAGGACGAGACCGAGUACCACGUGCGCUCGCUGAACCGCGAGGGCUACGGCGAGUACACCUGCGACAUCACCAACGAGGCCGGGGCCGGACGCUGCACCUUCCUGGUCACCGGUAAGGCGUACCCGCCGGAGUUCUACUACGACACCUACGGUGCGCUGUGGCAGAACCGGCCGCGGGUCUAUGGUUUCAGGCUCCAGUGGACCCAGAUGAACCCGGGGGCAGUGGACCGCAUCAAGGCCUACAGACUGGGCAUCAAGCAGACUGGCCAGGGGCGUUGGUGGGAGCAGGAGAUCCAACAGGACGGCAACAUAGAGAGGGGCCAGCUACUGACCUACAACCUGACCGAGCUCAUCAAGCCAGAGUCCUACCAGGUGCGCCUCACGCCCAUCACCCGCUCCGGCGAGGGAGACUCCACCGAGAGGAUCAUACGAUACAGCCCCCCCGCCAACCCCCACUGGAAUAAGUUCCAGUGCAGCUUCGAGGAGGAGGCCAUCUGCAUGUUCACCCAGGACAAGACGGAGGAGUUUGAUUGGACGAGGCACAGCGCGGCUACGCGGGACACCAAGUACACCCCCAACACCGGGCCCAGCAGUGACCGCACGGGCCUCAAGCAAGGCUUCUACAUGUACAUCGAGACAUCUCGGCCCAGGGUGACCGGGGACAAGGCGCGCCUACUGAGUCCAUCCUUCAGCGUGGCACCCAAGAACCCUUACGGCACGGUGGCGGCCAACCCCACCUACUGUGUCAGCUUCUACUACCACAUGUACGGCAAGCACAUAGGAACUCUGAAUGUGUAUCUGCGGCAGAAGGGACAGACAGGGUCAGACGCAGUGGUGUGGACCCUCAAUGGUAACCAAGGCGACCGUUGGAGAGCGGCGAGGGUCAACAUUCAUCCAACGGCGGCGUUCCAGAUUAUAAUGGAGGGCAUUCGAGGCCCUGGCAUUGAGGGAGACAUUGCCAUAGAUGAUGUUGCUAUAGAGGAGGGAGAAUGUCGUGACCCACCUCCCAGCAAUCUGAAGUCCUCCGCCUCCCCCAAGGGACAGCAUAUAUGGCAGUCCUGCGUCACCCUGCUCAUCGCACUGGUCACACAUAGGAGGUGACCUUCUGGACGCGAGGACACAACCACG